AUGACCGCCGACGUGGGCUUCCUAGAUGUCUUCCUGGGCGAAUGGGACGUGGAGAAGACGAAACAGUACAUGGGCUACUUUGUUCCUCUUUCUUAUAAAAUCGCCGUCGGCUAUUUGUUGGCAAUUUAUUUCGGCCAAAAAAUAAUGAAAAACUUGAAAGAGUUCAAGCUCGACAACACGCUAGCCAUCUGGAAUUUUAUCUUUGCCGCCUUUUCCGGCGUGGCCGCCUUCAAGUUGGUGCCAGAAUUGUUGGGCGUGUGGAAGAACCACGGCUUCGUCGCGUCGUACUGCGACAACCACACCUACUACACGGACCCGUCGACCGGCUUCUGGGGAUGGAUGUUUGUGAUGAGCAAGCUGCCCGAGUUGGGUGACACUGCUUUCCUGGUGCUGCGCAAGCGACCGGUCAUCUUCAUGCACUGGUUCCACCACGCGCUCACCUUUGUCUACGCCGAGCUCACCUACAGUGAGAUGCAAGCAUGGGCUAGAUGGUCGCUGGCGCUGAACUUGACUGUCCACACCGUCAUGUACACCUAUUUCGGCAUCCGAGCACUCAAGAUUCAGCUGCCGAGGCCACUCGCCAAGUUCAUCACGACCAUCCAAAUUGUCCAGUUCGUCAUCAGCUGCUGGAUCUUUGGGCACGCCAUCGUGAUGAAGUACACCGAGAGCCGCGCUUGCGACGCCAGCUGGAAUGUGUUGGCGAUCGGCGGCGUGAUGUACGUGAUCUAUUUGUACCUCUUCUCCGAGUUCUUCUACAACGCCUACAUCAAGAAGCGGUCCCCAACGAAGGCUCAAAAGGCAGAG